AGGUAAUUUUUACCUAACUCUUAGUUUAGUUUUAGGUAGUUUUGUUUGCACACUAGCACACACGUUUUAUAGGACUUACCCCGAAGUUGUCGAGAGGUCUCGCUUUCGGUAAUUAGGAAAUAUUUUAUGCUUGUGCUUGGUGUAUUUUCUGUUGUGUAGGUAAAAAUAAAAAAAUAAAAAUAAAAAAGUGAAUGCACACGCGAUCACAGGGUACACCACCGUUUGGGUUGCUCUGUUAUCAAAGAAGAAGAGUUAGAGGAUCGCCUACUGAAAUCUUCCCGGACUAUCCGAGUCCAAUCAGAGGCAACUUGUUCAGCGAGCCGAGUACAGAAAGAGAUUCAGAAUCAGAAAGUGAGAUGGCAGAUAACAAUGAGAUACCACCACCUGUUGUGAGGUUUGGCGAUACACUGAGAUCGGGAAUUGAGUACCCCGGAGAGUUUGCUUAUGCGAACAACAACAUCAACAUUCCACCUCACUAUAUUAGUUUGGUGAAUGGGGGGAAUCUUUUCCAUGGACGGGAUGAUGAGGACCCGGUGAGCCACCUCAAUGCCUUCUACGAGUUGACGAACUCUCACAGACCCCCGAAUGUGGAACACAAUCUAAUCAAGAGGGUCUUAUUCCCAUUCUCUCUGAGGGAGAAAGCAAGAGCUUGGUAUGACUCUAUCCCGGGCUACAACAUAGCAACGUUCCAAGAGUUGAAGACGUUGUUCCUCUUGGAAUACAAUUCUCCUAUGAAGAUUGAGAAGUUGAGAGAGGAGAUCACCUCUUUCCGACAAAAGUAUGACGAGUCCUUCGCGGAAGCAUGGAAGAGAUUCACGGAAUUGAUAAGGAAAUGCCCAAGUCACGGACUAGCUCCGGGGCAUGACCUUUUGAAAUUCUACAAGGGACUCAACAGUGAAGGCACGGGAUUGGUGACUGCAGGUUCGAAUGGGAACCUAGAUGAUCUAACUCACGAUGAGGUGAGGGCUUUGUUUCAAAGGCUGGCCAACAAUCAACGGAAUUGGCACAAUCCAAGGCGAGGGGCUGAUAGAGCGGGAGAUACAUUUGGUGCUACCAAGGAUGCGGAAAGAGUGACCGCAAUUGAGGCUCAACUGGCGGACAUUAGCACUCAAAUGUCGUCGAUGACAAAGGCAGUUAAAUCUCUUCAACUGACUCCUCAACCCCAAGCUGUGACGGUGAUGAGAUGUGGGUUGUGCCAAGGCGGGCAUCAUACUGAUCAGUGCCCAAAUCUUCAAGGACCACCUGUGGAAGAUGUGAACUAUAUUGGCAACAAUCGCCAAGGGUUCAAUCAAGGCAACCAAUACAACAAUCAGCAAAAUUGGAGACCUCAACAAACGGGAUGGAAUCAGGCUGGUCCUAGCAACAACUCGGGAAAUCAAUGGAGGAACAACACUCAACCGCCGGGUUAUGAGAAGAAGCCAACCGUCGAGGAUCAGUUGGGGCAGAUUCUCUCUUUCAUGACUAAGAGUCAAAAGGAGAACGAAAAUUUCAAGGAAAGGACGGUGGAAAAGUUUGGGCAGAUGGAUGCGACAAUGAGGAAUCUUGAGACGCAGAUAGGGCAGCUUGCCACGGCAUCACACACGAGGAUUCCUAACACCAUCCCGAGCAAUACCGUACCUAAUCCGAGAGGCAAUGAACAGUGUAAGGCAGUGGUCUUGAGAAGUGGUCGUGAGUUGGAUUCGACACCAUCAAUGGACGGCCAAGGUACUUCCGGCAUCUCACACGCAGGGGCGGAUGAGAUGUUAGGCUUGCAUUCCUCGCACGCAGGGGCGGACGAGGCAUGUAAGGGAAGUCCCGCGUUGGUGCAGGGUGCCCAACAUGGUCAAGAACAGGCUGCAUCCGGCAGCAAGGAAAAUGGUGUAGAAGCCGAGUUAAGUGAGAAGUUUUUGGCAGAAAAGAAGGGAAAGCAGAAAGUAGAGAUGGGAUCAAAUGGACAGUUGAUGACAAGUCCGGCAUUAGACCCGAAAAGCAAGUUCAACUUCCCUGAUCACAUUCCUCCUCCACCAUAUCCACCGAAGAGGAAGAAGAGAGCUCCAAAGGAGAAAAGCUUCGAGUGGAUGAUGAACGUGAUUCGAAAAGUGAAUGUGGAUGUAUCGUUGGUGGACCUCUUCACUAAUUUCCCCAAGUUCUCCAAGUUCUUUAAGGACAUGAUGGCAAACAAGGAGAAACUUCAAGACGAGGGAAUAGUGGCAUUGAGCAUGAAUUGCUCACAAUUGAUUUCGGGAAUGAUGCCCAUGAAGAAGAGGGAUCCGGGAAGUUGUGUGAUUCCUUGUGAGAUAGGCAACACAAUUUUCACCAAAUGUCUAUUGGAUCAAGGAUCGGGGAUCUCACUGAUGGCAUUGAAAACAGCACGUGCCAUUGGACUGGAGAACAGAAUGGAGCCCAUCGACAUUGCUCUACAACUGGCUGAUCAUUCCAUUGUGAAGCCCACUGGAAUAGUAGAGGAUGUCUUAGUCAAGGUAGACAAGUUCGUCAUCCCCGUUGAUUUCAUAGUAUUGGAUAUGCCGGAGGACAAAGAGGUGCCAAUUCUGUUUGGCAGACCGUUUCUUGCCACAGGGGACGUGUUGCUAGGAGCAAAGGACAACUCGGUCACGUUUAGAAUUAAUGGUGAGCAAGUGACCAUUAAUGUGGAGAAAGCGAUGAAGCAUCCUAGUGAUGCAAAAGCGUGCUUUAGAGUUGAUGUCCUCGACAAGUGUAUCUUUGACAAGAUGCGUUGCUCGGCAAGUAUAGAAGGAAGCGUUUAUGAUAAGGGGAGCUUGGAAAGAGACUUUGGUUCGACAAUUAAAGUUGAUUUUGAUUUUGAUGAAAGUGAGGAUGCUCAAAUUGAUCAACCAAGUCUAGAGAAUGAAUGUGUGGUGGAUACUUUCGUGGCGGAUGUGCAGCCCUCAAUUGAAGUACCACCAAAGCUAGAAUUGAAGCCACUCCCGACAAAUCUGAAAUACGCAUUCCUUGGUGAGGAUGAAUCUUUACCGGUUGUGAUAUCGGCGAUGUUGAAUGAUGAAGAGGAAUUGAAGUUGAUAGAGCUACUGAAGUCACACAAGAAAGCUCUAGGUUGGUCCAUUGCCGACAUCAAAGGAAUUAGCCCCGCAAUAUGCAUGCAUAAAAUCUUGAUGGAAGAUGGAGCUAAGCCGGUAAGAGAGAGACAAAGGAGGUUGAACCCACUUAUGCAGGAAGUGGUUGAAAAAGAAGUGAAGAAAUUGCUGAAAUAUGGGAUGAUCUAUCCCAUUUCCGAUAGUGAGUGGGUUAGCCCGGUACAAUGUGUACCAAAGAAAGGGGGAAUAACCGUGACCGUCAAUGAGAAGAAUGAGGUUUUGGCAACUCGAUUGGUGAACUCAUGGAGAGUUUGCAUGGAUUAUAGAAAGUUGAAUACGGCGACGAGAAAAGAUCACUUCCCGUUGCCAUUUCUGGAUCAGUUGCUCGAUAGGAUUGCGGGUUAUUCCCAUUAUUGCUUUCUAGAUGGAUAUUCGGGGUACAAUCAGAUUGCAAUUGCCCCGGAAGAUCAAGAAAAGACGACAUUCACAUGUCCUAUUGGAACUUAUGCCUUCCGUCGGAUGCCUUUUGGUUUGUGUAAUGCACCGGCUACAUUCCAACGUUGCAUGAUGGCAAUUUUUUCUGAUAUGAAUGAAGACAUCAUGGAGAUCUUCAUGGAUGAUUUCUCCGUCUUUGGAUCCUCAUUUGACUUUUGCUUAGAAAACUUGAGACGGGUCCUACAAAGAUGUGAAGAAUCAAAUCUCGUGCUCAAUUGGGAAAAGUGUCAGUUCAUGGUCAAGGAAGGCAUAGUGUUGGGACACAAGGUGUCAGAGUUGGGGUUGGAGAUGGAUAGGGCGAAGAUUGAUGUGAUCUCAAAGUUACCUCCCCCAACGAAUGUGAAGGGCAUCCGUAGUUUCCUUGGACAUGCGGGAUUCUACCGACGUUUUAUAAAGGAUUUUUCAAAGAUUGCAAAGCCACUUUGCAACUUGCUUGAAAAGGAUGCCAAGUUCGUCUUUGAUGGGAAAUGCCUUGAGGCAUUUGAAUUGCUGAAGAAAAAGCUAGUCGAAGCUCCUAUUAUUAUCACACCCGACUGGUCAAAGCCGUUUGAGCUGAUGUGUGAUGCUUCGGACUAUGCUGUGGGGGCCGUUCUAGGCCAAAGGAGAGACAAGGUUCUACACGCUGUCUACUAUGCUAAAGGGUUGUCAUCUAACCAAAAGAAGAAGUUUUUGAGUGACACCCGCACAUAUGUUUGGGAAGAUCCGUUUCUCUUCCGGAUUUGUAGUGAUGGAGUGAUUCGAAGGUGCGUUGGAGAUGUAGAACGAUGUGACAGUUGCCAAAGAGCCGGCAAUAUCUCGUGGAGGAAUGAAAUGCCGAUGAAUAAUAUUCACGAGGUAGAACUUUUCGAUGUUUGGGGAAUAGACUUCAUGGGACCGUUUCCCAAGUCUAAUGGGCAGCAAUACAUUCUCGUUGCUGUCGACUACGUAUCUAAGUGGGUAGAGGCAGUGGCCUCGGCAACCAAUGAUGCCAAAGUGGUGUUGAAAUUUAUCAAGAAUCACAUCUUUAACCGCUUUGGGACACCACGAGCCAUUAUCAGUGAUGGAGGAACUCAUUUUUGCAACAAAUUGUUUGAAAACCUCCUAGGAAAGUAUGGUGUCCAACACAAGGUUGCUACCCCUUAUCAUCCCCAAACAAGUGGUCAAGUUGAAGUCUCCAAUCGUGAGAUAAAGCGGGUGCUUGAGAAAGUUGUAAGGCCGUCUCGGAAGGAUUGGGCUCAAAAGCUAGAUGAUGCUUUGUGGGCCUAUCGAACGGCGUAUAAGACCCCGAUUGGAACUUCACCAUACAAAUUGGUAUUUGGGAAGGCUUGCCAUUUGCCGGUAGAGCUUGAGCAUAAAGCUUUUUGGGCUUUGCAAAAGCUUAAUUUGGAUUAUGAUGCUGCAGCCGAGAAGAGGAUGUGCGAUAUGAAUGAGAUGGAUGAGUUUAGGCUUCAUGCAUAUGAGAGCGUUGAUCUCUACAAAGAGCGUGCUAAGAGGGUACAUGAUGCAGCCAUUAAGCCUCGUCAAUUCCAUGAGGGACAACUGGUCCUUUUGUACAACUCUCGGCUUAGACUGUUUCCGGGCAAGCUCAAGUCAAGAUGGUGGGGUCCCUAUGUGGUGCACAAGGUAUACCCCUAUGGUGCUGUGGAUGUUCGGGAUCAGAAGAAUGGUAGCAUUUGGAAGGUGAAUGGCCAACGCUUGAAGGCCUAUGUUGGAGUUGAAAGUGGCACGGAGACAGAAGAGGUGGUCACACUAGAGAAUCCGAAAGUGUAGACCAAAGAUGAAGAAGGUCGAGCCAACGACUAUAAACAAAGGCGCUGAUUGGGAGGCAACCCAAGUUUUUAUCUUUCUUUUAUCUUUUGGUUUCAUAUGUUGGAGGUUUUG